UGUUUGAAAUUCUUCGCGCUGAGAACUGCCUCUUGUCCAUUGUAGAGACUUCAUUAUAUUAAAAAUAUAGAUAACACCGGAUUCCUCUCGAAUCGCCUAUUUAUAUUUUGCCAAGGCGGGGCCAGUGUGGUCUGAGAGAGCUUGCUGCCGUGCUGUGAGGAGAGGAGAGGACCAUGGGGGGCCCAGAGGUGUGCAGCCACGUCAAGGUGGUGGUCCGCGUUAGACCCCCCAACUCCCGCGAACAGGCCACGGCCUUCAAGAGAGUCGUACAGGUGGUGGACAGCCACAUGCUGAUCUUUGACCCCAAGGAGCAGGAGGUGAUGUUCUUCCGGGGCCAGAAGAUCGGCAACCGGGACGUCCGCAAGCGCGCCAACAAGGACCUGAAAUUCGUCUUCGACAACGUGUUUGGCGAGGACAGCCGACAGGAGGAGGUGUUUGAGAACACUACCAAGGGGAUCGUGGACGGGGUGCUCAACGGAUACAACUGCACAGUCUUUGCUUAUGGAGCCACGGGAGCGGGUAAGACCCACACCAUGCUGGGCAACACGGAGGACCCGGGCGUGAUGUACCUGACCAUGAAGGAGCUCUACUCACGCAUGGACCAGAUGAGGGAGGAGAAGGUCUUCACGCUCGCCUACUCAUACCUAGAGGUGUAUAAUGAGCAGAUCCGGGACCUGAUGGCCAACUCAGGCCCUCUGAACGUGAGAGAGGACAGCACCAAAGGAGUGGUGGUGCAGGGACUCACCGUGCACCAGCCCAAGUCCGCGGAGCAUAUCUUGGAGGCCCUGGAUUACGGCAACAAAAAUAGAACGCAGCAUCCCACAGACAUGAACGCCUCCUCUUCGCGCUCACACGCCGUCUUCCAGGUGUACCUGCGUCAGCAGGACAAGAGUGCGAGCCUGAACCAGGACGUGAGCGUGGCCAAGAUGAGCCUGAUCGACCUGGCGGGCUCGGAGCGGGCCAGCGCCACCAACGCCAAGGGGGCGCGGCUACGGGAGGGCGCCAACAUCAACCGCUCGCUCCUCGCCCUGGGGAACGUCAUCAACACGCUGGCCGACCCCAAGAGUAAGAAGACCCACAUCCCGUACCGGGACAGCAAGCUGACGCGUCUGCUGAAGGACUCGUUAGGGGGAAACUGCCGAACGGUCAUGAUCGCUAACGUCAGCCCCUCCUCCGUCUCCUACGAAGACACGCACAACACACUCAAAUACGCCAACCGCGCCAAGGAGAUCAAGUCAUCGCUGAAGAGUAACGUGGUGAGCCUGGACAGCCACAUCGGCCAGUAUGCAGUGAUUUGCGAAAAGCAGCGCGCAGAGAUUGCCCAGCUGAAGCAGAAGCUGAAGGAGUAUGAGAGUCGUAAGCUGGAGGCCCCCCAGAACGGCACCACCAGCACCCUCUCCAGACAACACAAGGAGGAACUAGUCAAGAUCUCUGACUCGGUGCGGUGUGCGUUUUCGAGCCGCGUGGCACUGCGUCGAGAACAGCUGGACGUGGAGCGACAGAUCAAAGAGAACGAACUGAAACAACGCCACCGCGACGAAGCACAGCAACAGAGUCUUAUAUUAGUCCCAGAGGACAAAGCAAAGAAGGUGACGUGUCGUUACGAGCGCAAGGUGGCGUCUCUGGCGGUGCAGCGUCAGCAUCUAGAGCGGCGUCGGGAGGAGACGGAGCAGCGGUGGCGGGAGAACGACGGCUGGCUCCACCGCAUCGAGAACAACAUCAAGCUGCUCGCACCAGACGGACAACCGCCACAGGAGCUGCACCAUGAGUUGAGUGUUCAGCGUCUCCAGCUGCAGGUGGAGGACCUGAAGUCUCAGAUGGAACACACGUCACAACUCAUUGGAAUACAGGACCGAGACAACAAGCACACGCACAAGCUGGUGAGCGCGCUCCUCGCGGCCUACAGGAAGCAGUACUUGGCCCUGCAGGAAGCGGGCGUCUCCACGGACACCCAGGAGGCGGAGCGGGAGGAGCUGGAGCACCUGGUGCAGCGGGAGAGGGGCGUGGUCUGGGCCGACCAGGAAGGGGGAGGGGAGGAGUCUAUGAUGCAGGAGUCAGUGCUCCCUGAGCCCCACGCCCCCAACGCCACAGCAACAACCACGUGUCUUCAGCCGCUGCUGGCCUUCUCUCGCCUGGUGUCGCACCAACACACGCCCUGCAGUGCAGAGAAGUCCCAGAGACGAGUGUCCAAGCGCCUCAGAGCCUCUCUCACAGCAACGCAGCCGGCCACAGCCGCGCCUCCUGUUACCGCCCCCAUCCCUGAAGUAGCCCCGCCCCCUUCCCUCGUACUUCCUGCCGCCGCAGACCAGGCCCCGCCCUGCAAGAAGCCCAUUCGGCGGAAGCUGGCGGUGUCGCCCCCGGAGACUGCCCAGCAGCAGCAGUCGGGGGCGGCGCCCAUGGCCACGCUGUGCCCACCAGACGUCCAGGAGGUGUGCCGCCAGGAGGGCAUGUUCCCUCUCCUCUACACGCCAGAGACCAGGGGUUCAUCUAAUCCCAUUGCCGUCCUGGCCCCCGCGUCUGUCCCCGCCUCCUCGUCCGCCGCGGCCAUCAACACCACGGUGACCCUUGACCUUGACGCGACCUUUGACAUCGGGGAGGCCAAGCCUGCGGACGGAACCAUCAUCCUGUCGGCCCCGGACUCCACCUCCUCCCUCGACAGCACCUUCACCAAGCCCCUCAAGAGGGUGGAGAUCCCGUCCCUACUGGAUAUCCGCCGCAUGAAGCCCUCGUACAUGGCCAUGACGUCAGCAGCACAGGGCAAACGCAAACUCAACAGCAGCAAGGAGACGGGGGUGGACGGCACUCACGGCAUGGUGGCCCCCAAGCGCAUCAAGCAGGACCCCACCAUGACCUACAAGCCCCUACGCAUACGCAAAGGAGGAGUGUCUGCAGACAACAUGGCGGGUCGUCGUCAGGUGGUUCGUAGCAUCUCCGAGGGCAACCUGCACAUGGUGGAGAAGAAACCCAGCCUCAAGAGCAGCCUCUUCAAGAGAGUCACCAAGCGCUUCUAGACAUACACACACACACACACACACACACUGGGGCCUAAAGAGCAGCCUCUUAAAGAGAGACCUCUAAAUACACACACACACACCCUGGGGGCUCAGAAGCAGGCUUUUCAGGAGAGUCACAAAGCACCUCUAAACACACACACACAUGCCAGGGCUUCAAGACCCAGGUUAUUUCCCUUGGCUUGACUCUGCAUCUCCUGAAGACACACACACACACGGCUCUUUCUCAGGGCCAUCAAGCAUCUCUGAGCCUGUGCGCGUCCACAUGCACUAACGUAUUCCCUAAACCACAGGCACACACACACACACACCACUUCCACACCACAUGCUCUCAAGUCCAUGUCUGGGCUCAUGCCUUGGGCCCCAUUCCAGACGACACACACGCACACGCACACGCACACACCCCACCUGUGAUGGACAUCCAUCACUGUGCGUAUGGUGAUGGCCGAUGCACUCUACACACACUGACUCUCUGAGCAAAAGAAUGAAUGGAUAUAGUGAUCAUCUGCUUUUAUUUUGUAAUUUUGGAGGUUUUUGUUUGAUUUUAGAGCGUUUUUAACGUUUUAUUGUUUUAACUCAAAUAAAAAAAAGAAAUAGUUUCCGUUUCUCAGUUGGAAACCUAAUUUUAACCUUGUAAGGUCUUAUUUGUCCGUUUUUUUCUGUCUGUUAUCCUUGUUCUUUUGAAUGUCCUACCUUUCCUUCCUGUCA